AUGAGUUUCCUGUCAUCGAUUGGACAGUAUGUGGCGGGUGUGGCUGAUAGUGUGGCUGGGUUAGCACUCUCGCCACGAAGGGCUCCUCCGCCACGUCAUCGGUCAGCUGAGGAUUCCCAGCAACAACCACAGCCUUCAACAGCUACAAUGAGAGUGGUGUUGUGCGCUUUCUUGGCAGCGGCGGUUGCUGACCCCGACCCAGCACUUAUCGCAACCCCUGCCUUUGCGCCAGCUAUUUUAUCUCCUGCAGCGAGAUUAUUGCCAGCCUCAAGCUACGUGUACCAGUCACCACUGAUUUCUGCACCUCUAUCGUACUCCGCUCCCUUGGGAUAUGCUCACCUCAUCAAGAAGCGGUCAGCACCACUUGUUCUGAACCCCUACUCCUUCCCCUCUUCAUACAUCGCACCUGGUAGCUACGCGUACUCAUCUCCGAUCGUGAGCUCCUACUCUGCGGCCGCUCCUUUGGUACCAGCUAUCGGAUCUGGUCUUGUGUAUUCUUCAGGAGCUCAUUUCAUUAAGAAGCGCUCAGCACCCUUGUACUCAUCGGCCUACAUAGCUCCGUCAAGCUACAUCUCUCCUCUUAACUACGCCACACCUUUGGUAGCUUCAACUUACUCUGCCCCAGUUGUAUCCACGCCCCUGAUUUCUUCAGCACCAAUCUCCUACGCAACUCAUCUUAUCAAGAAGCGGUCUGCUCCCUUGGCUGUUGCUGCUUAUGCUGCCCCUGGAGCCUACUCCCAUCAAUCCCGGUUUGACUUCAAGGCUUCCGGUCCAGUUGCUGCCUACAGUUCCUACAUCGCCCCUCUAUCUUAUUCUCGCCCAAUUGUUUACUCUCACGUAUACUGA